AUGCGCCUUGUUCUCCUCGAGUGGAAGAAGCCUGCGGACGCGCGCAACAGUCCGUCUGUGCGAUCCAUCCAUCCGUCCGUCUGCGCUGCCACGAGCGCAAGCGCGAGCUCGCUGCCCCACGGGGCGCGCGUGCGUACGUGCGCGCUCGCGGGGGCGCGGUCGGCCGCCAGUGGCCUCCCCACAACGGGCACUUGGGAUUUCUCGGCCUGGUUCGAGGGGCCGCAGUGCUGCAUCGCACCCUAUUGCACCCGCUUUCUUUCCGCCGGUCUCUGCCCCGUCGCGCAUCGCGCGCAUCCAGGAGCCCAGAAUCUCCUGUACAGUACGUGUGCAAUGCACGCACGCACGCACGCACGUAUGCAUGGUGGCGAACGCUCCACCCCACUGCCCCCCGCGCGCGAGUUUGUGCCGUGUGCCGAGCCGGCAGGGCAUCGCAGCGCAGAGGCCUCGCCUCGAAGCGUGUGCCAGCGCACCGCCCGCCGAACACAUCCAUCCGGGGGGAUCGAGAUGGCGAGCGAGCCCCGCGACUCGUCUCGCGCGUGGGAGUCCUCGAUCUCCCUCUACACGUACUGUAAUAGUUUGGGCUUGGGCUUGGGCUUGGGCUUGGGCGUGGGCUUCCAGCUGCUCGACCAAUGGGGCGCGGGCGCGGGGUCACGCCGAAGCCUCGACGCGCCUGCGGGGGUCUGA